CAUGCUGAAAUCCAUCCAUACUCUUGUGAUAUCUGUAGUAAGACUUUUAUUUUUCAACGGCGUUAUAAACGCCAUAUGAUAACACAUGACAAUAAUUCCAAAAUCGCUUGCACAAUUUGUGGGAAAGAGUUUGAUAAGGCUUAUAUGGAAAUCCAUGAACGCUCUUACAGUGGCCUGAAACCAUUUGUUUGUGAACACGAAGUCUGUGAGAUGACCUACCCUUCAAACAAUUUACACCAAAGACAUGAACGGAUCCACAUGGAAGAAUUUCGUCUACCUUGUACCUACUGUGAA